GGCGAAGCCGGACUCAUGGUCGAUGGAGUUUAUGCAACCGGUCUGCAGGCGGGGCGCGCGCCCCGUCACGCGCACACGCUUCGCGCAUUCGUGGACAUCUUCCAACAGCAAGGCCUUGGAGGCCUCUGGCGUGGCGUCUCGGCUAAUGUGGCUCGAGCCUCGUUGCUGUCGGGGGCGCAGCUGACGACCUACGACCAGUGCAAGCAGGCGGCUGUGCGUGCGGGCUGGCUGGAUGGGCCCCAGCUACAUUUGGCAAGUUCCUGCCUUUCAG